CAAGCCCCAUAACUUCGUGCCGCUUUUGAGAGAGAAGGGCGGAAAUAAGCCCAAUAAAGAAGAUAAUGAACUGCCAACGACCGGCAUCCGCUUACCUGCCUGCAGCUAUUGCAGCGCUGAGCCUGAGCCUGAGCCUGCCUUGCUCGCACGUUUCUCCAGAGACUUUCCGGCAAGCCAAGUUCGAUCAACCUCAGGUGAGUUUAAUAUUCUGGAAGCUACUAUAUCAUCUCCUGAAUCAUAUCCAUGGUGGAGGACAGCUAAAGUCUGCUGAUACAGGCACCCAAGUCAGAUUUGUCAAAUAUGCAGCCUUGAGCUAUGGAUAUAGAAGACCAAAAUUUUAUCAGCUUCCUGCUGAUGGUUCAGAAGCAAGCAGAGAAUUGCUAUUGGCACUCUCUUGGUUCCUUUGCAGAAUAGCUCUAAUGGAAAAGUUAUUGAUACUAAAUAGAUUUAAACUUUGGGAUGAAGCAAAAGUAUGCAUGUGCAAUCCUCUUCUAAAAUGUCUGCAAGAUGGGAAAAGCCUUGUUUCAAAACCUCACAUUAAAGGCCAAAAAGAUGUCCAAUACCUUCAGUGGUUGAAUGGCCGCCUGAAACUCCAAUGGCGGAGUUACCACUCUGACCAGGAAGAGCAAUGCAAGUUACUGCAUAAGGUCCAUUCCUACACAAUAGGUUCUCAUACUGACCCUGUUAUUGGCCAUUUCUCAGUCAUAGAAGUUGAUGUUGGAAGACAAGCAGAAAGAUAUAAGCAGUUGCUGCAUUUUGUGGAAUCUGACUGCUCCCGUCUAGAAGCAUUUUUGAAGUGGAAGCCUAUGGAAUCCCUUUAUUGGCAUUGGAUGGAGACUGUUUUGGAUAUGGUAAUAGAAGAUACCCAGAACCAGACUAUGUGUUACAAGGGCUGUCUUUUGCCAGGUUCUGAUCUGGAAUGCCAUGGUGUUGGCAGAAUUAUGGAAGAACUUGACAAAUGUAAAAAAGAUCUUCUGAGUCUGUGCCAGGAGUUAUGUGAGCAUAUAACCCUCAGGAAACUGGCUUGUUAUGGAAAGGUCAGAACAAGGCAAGAAAAAGGAGAGGAAGAUGUAUGCAUGGCUGUAAGAAAAGUACAAGAAAUUGUGGAGCUGAAAUUCUCUGACCUUAAGUGCAAUAACAGUACCUGUGGAAGCAAUAAGUUGCAUGGUCCAUAUAGACUAGUUUAUAAAAAAAAGUGUUUAAAGGACAGUGACAUGGAUACUAUUGGAACAGCAGCACCUACCAAAGCCAUUAGAGAAGGAAUCACUGCCACAGAUGUGAUCAGUUUUCUAAAAAAGAAAGAAGCAAGACUGAAGACACAGCUAAAGCAGUGUCAAGAGGGAGAUAGACAGAAGAUUCAUAAAGCAGCAAAGAAACUUGGUCAAGUGCUUUUCAUCCCACCAAUGAAAACACAACAAGCAAAAAUAAGUGCAGAAGUUGACAAAGUUCACCACAUUUGAAAGAACACUUUGGGAUUGCUUGAAAUUGCUUCACCCAUUUUUGGCAUUUAUUUCUGUCUUCUGAAUGCAGCUGCUGGCCCUUUAAGCUUACUAUGCACCCUCUCAUUUUGAAAAAAAAAGAAUAUGUUUAAAUGCGCUACAUGUUACCUCAAGGCUAUUAAUGAACAGGAGGUUAAUAUUCAUAUCUUUUAAAAUUAUUUUAUCUUUUUAGAUAGGUAAAUGUUGGUGCCCAGUUUCAGUUUAGCUAGAACAGAUUCAACACUAUACUACACUACACUACACUCUCAUACUGAAUAUUUGGACAAGAGGUCUGUAAGUAUGAGAAUUAUGUAUAUUUAGUACCAUCUUCAAUAAAGAUUUUGAUGAAGUACUACUUGACAUGCUGAUUAUCAAGCUUGCUAAAUGUUGGCUGGGUGGCAUGACAAUGGAUAUUUUAAUUAUUUGAAUGCAAAAUUGGAAAGCAUCCUUAUCAAAUUUUCAGAUGUAAUUGGGUACGAUAGCUAGAAAGCAGAAAUAGAAUUCAAAAUAAUCUCAGCAGGUUAAAGAAAUGGCAUAAAAUUAACAAAUUCAGCAUAGACAUUUUCAAAGUUGUUCCUCUGGAAAACCAUCACUGAAUGCUUAAAUAUGGGAUAGGACCACCAAGACCUAACUCAAAAUUUAAAUCAUAACAUUUCCUCAUGCCUUUGCAGACGCCCUGUGAUAAUAUUGUGGUCCCCCAAUGGUCCGCAGACCACAGGUUGAGAACCAUUGGGAUAGAGGAUACCUGACUUGGUAUUAAUAUUUGUUUUUAAAAAAAACCUCUUAGAAUAGUACUGAUUCCAAAUAGGAAUUUCUUGAAAGAAUGCAAAUGCAAUUUAGGGAUGUAUCAAAUCAGGCAUAUUUUUUAAUCAUAUGAAGCAAACAUUCCACUCUAUUCUGCUUUCACCAGACUCCAUCUCAACUACUGUCUAGUUCUGGGCUCAGAAGAAUUCAGAGCAAUUGUAAUAUUUCUAAACUAGGCUAAUGAAGUGUAUAAAAUAAUUUGAAACUAAAUCUUAGGAAGAGAGGGUUGGUCUUAACUGAUAACUGAUCGGGAUAUGAUAACACUCUUCUGAUACUUAAAAGGACAUUGCAUAACAGAUCCAACUUUAACAGAUUAACAGACUUGGAAGGGACUUUGUAGGUCAUCUUGUCCAACCCACCGCCCAAGCAGGAGAUUCUACUACACCAUUUCUGACAGAUGGUAGUCCAGUCUCUUCUUGAAAGUGAUGAUGGAUGGUUUCUCCUAACCCUAACACUAACCUCUCCCUGUUCAGUUUCCACCCAUUGUCUGGCCUUCAAGUGCUUUAGAAAAUAGCUCCUCUCUGUGGCAGCCUCUCAAAUAUUGGAACACUGUUAUCAUGUCUCCCCUAGUCCUCCACUUCACUAAACUAGCCAUGCCCAGUUUCUGCAACCGUUCAUCGUAUGUUUUAGCCUCCAAUCCCCUAAUCAUCUUGAUGCACCCCUAAUCAUCUGCACUCUUUCUAGAGUUUCAACAUAUUUUUUAUAGUGUGGUGACCAAAACUGGAUGCAGUAUAGAGUUCUCACUUGAUCUUGAUUGUAUCCCUCUGUUAAUGCAAUUUAGGAUUGCAUUGGCUUUUUUGGCUGCCACCACACACUGUUGGCUCAUAUUUAGCUGGUUGUCCACUAAGACUCCAAGAUCCCUCUCACAGUUACUGCUAUUAAGCCUGGUUUCACCCAGUCUAUAUGUGUACUUUUGGUUUUUCUUGCCUAAAUGUAAGACUUUACUUUUCUCUACAUUGAAUUUCAUUUUGUUAGAUAGGGCCCAGUGUUUAAGUCUGUCAAGAUCUAUUUGGAUCUUGAGCCUAUCAUCUAGGGCAGUGGUGGCAAAUCUAUGGCACACGUGCCAGAGGUGGCAUGCAGAGCCCUCUCUGGUCCCAUGUGCCAUCACCCCAGCUCAGCUCCACCGCAUUAUGCACGCACACCUCCCACCAGCCUGCUGGCCUGUUGCAUUCAUUCUGGCGGGCUUCUCAUGGGAGGUCCAGUUUAGGAAAACACAGGACAAGUGUUUUCUCGGGAUGAGAGAGCAGCAAACAAAAGGCUACCAUCUCUUUUAUUAGUUAUCCAAAUACAGCGUCAUCAGAAGGCGUUAUUAUGGCUACACAUCUCAUAUUACAUACAAGAGAUAGGAAAGCGAUACUAAAGGUGCAAAAACGAAACUUAACUCUGGCUAUUUGGUACCAGUUACUACCAGGCGAGAGGCCCAUCUCCUCUUCUCCCCGCUAUCAGAGAUUACCUCAACCCUCAGGAAUGUAGCAGGAGGAGAUAUCUCUGGCUUUGCUAAUACAGUCUAUGUUAAGAACAAAGAGAGAAUGAAUAGGGCCCUUCAGAGAGUAUCCAUAUGAACCCACUUUUUCCUCUCAGAUUAUUUUGGUGCCAAGCUCCAUACACGUGUCCAACCAGUUAAACUGGUCUAUACAUGUACUAUGGCCACCGCAUUCCCACACUGGCCUUCAGGUCUCUGCCAUGCAUGCGGGGGGCACAUGCAUGGGGUGCAUGUGCAGGGACACAAACGCAUGCACGGAGUGCUCGCAUGCGCAAAGGUGCAUGCAUGCAUGGGGCCUGCGUAGGGGCACAUGGAUGUUGCAUUUUGGGUAUGUGCGUGCUCUUUGGGUACCCAGUGCCAAAAAAGGUUCGCCAUCACUGGUCUAGGGUGUUGGCUAUUCAUGCCAGCUUAGUGUCAUCUGCAAAUUUGAUAAGUUCCCCUUCUAUUCCCUCAUCUAAGUCAUUUAUGAAAAUAAUGAAGAGUACUGUGUCAACCCUGGAGCCAUCUUUGAAGAGUCUUCAGAGUUGCCAUAGUGAGGCUCACUGGAGCUAAGGGAAAGAGAGGGGGUGUAGAGAUAGCAGAGGGAUAUGUAGUCAAAAUAACAUUCUCCUGGGAACCAAGGACACUCUCACCAGCAACUGGUGGGGUGUGGAUGGGAGGCAUCCAGGAUGAGGAGAGAGAUCUGAUAGGGACGUGUGAUGGUUCUGUGUAAUGUGGGGGAGAAAUUUGGAUUUGAACUGGAUGGGGAAAACCGGGGGACUUCAGGAUUGGGUUUUCACCAGCUGUGCCAAUAUGACUUGCCUAAUAAAUCUGUACUUUGAGGA